AUGCCGCUCCAGGAAACAGGUUGGCGCAUUAAACAAUUCGUUUCUCACCGAAAAGCACAUAGCCACGGAGGGGCAAGCGAUUAUCCCAAUGACCAGCGUUAUACAGACGAGAAGAAGCUCAUAGACGCGCCGGGACGAUUGUCAUGGUUGUUGCAACGCUCGUCUGAAAUCUCCUCGCUGCAAGGACAUGAUAGUGCGGCCACAAGAAAAAAUUGCGCAUUACCUCCAGCAAACGAAAAUACCUAUUCAUCGGCAAGUUCAUUAUGUAGUUGCGAUUCCUGUGCCAGUCCAGGUCUAAUUGAAGAUUCUUUGUCAAAAGCUGAACCACAGCCAAACCCUUUGGGUGCUCUUUAUCCUCCGCCAUUAUCUCCAUCAAUCACCAGCAACGCAAAAUCAUGGCGCUUUAUUUUCGAUGAGCCUUUGUCACCAUCACAGGCAUCCAUAAAAUUUCGCACAAAUAUUCCAUCGCCAGACCCAGAGGCAAGUUUGUCCAGUUCGAACUUUCCUCAACUCCCGACGACACAACCUGCAUACGAAGACAAAACGCCGACGCAAAGUAUCAUGAGCACAGAAGACCCGGAAAUUGACUACUUGUCGGAGGAAAUUGAUCAAUUGAUUCGGGAGACGGACGAGGCUUUCAAGGCAGUCGGGACAGCGUUGGAAAACGCGAAAGCUGCCACUCAGGGCUGGUAUGAUACACCCGAAGCCACGGCGAUCAAACGAAGCCCCAUAAUUGCCCGUUCACCCUUGAAGAAAACAGUGCCGAACAAACUUCCCCUCGUCAAAGGUAUACCUAAAAAGUCGGUUUUGGCAACCAAGGCAAGCCGAAGGAAAUCAUUCAAGAGAAGGAGGACGAAUAUCCUCAGCCGAGCACUGAAAAGUGUCCCGCCGCCUCCAUCUAAACCGUCAUCACGAUGGACUUUAACAGAAGUUACGACCAAUAUGGUGGAUGCAUUCAGUGGGAAGAUGUUCAGGAUGGAGGUCGACGAGAUGCUAAGUCCGGGGAAAAUGCAGCAACUGCGGGAAGGAUUCGGCCAUCAAAAUGAGCGAAAAAUAUCACUGGACUCAGUAUGCAGUGCUGACACGCUCAGCAAUAGAAUAUCAACGGAGCCAUUUCACCCCGAGAGUCUGUCUUCUCGCAUCGUUGCUGCAAAAUUUGUUGGCCCUCCGUUUCCCAGCCCUGUUCUUCCUCCACCAGCAAUUCCUCGGAGGAAGCCAGUGCCGCCCCCAGGCAAUAAAGGAACCACCGUAACAAAAGCAGAACUCGCAGCUGAUAUUGUUGCAAAGCAUAGCCCUCGGGAUCAAGGCAUACUCUUCGAUGACCUACAAUUUCUCACGCCACCUCGAGACUACCAUGUCAAAAGUAGCUCCAGCUCGGGGCUUCUUCCCAGUAUCCCUGAAUUCACACCCAUAUCCUUAUCGCCCUUUCUAACUUUUAGCAAAAGAUUAAGCCAGUCUCGAAACCAAAGCCAUAGAGGGGACCCUAGAUACGUGUUUAUCCCCUCCACACCCUUCACACUUACCUCGGCCUGCUUCCGCCAUGGCCCUAUACGCUUCGAGCGCGAGCAGCUCAUGGAUAUAUAUCAUAGCAGAGCCUUAAAUGAAUAUAAGGGAGCAGAGGAGGAGCAACUAGAUUGGACGGCGUUUCAGAUGGCAAUUCUAGGGACGAUGGAGGAAAAUCGGACUGUGAAUAAUGAGCGGGAGCAGGAUGAGAAGGAGUGUGAGGAUAUUUUCAGAUGGUGGGCGGGAUUUGGAUUUGCGGGAUGGGGCGCAAUGGUUACAGGGAGUAAGGGUGUCCGCCAAAGGAAAAUCAAGAAGGGGAUAAGAAGGAGUACGAGGGAUGUUGGCAUGAAGGCCGAUGAGGAGAACGACCACGAACAAAGUGACGACUCUGUCUCUAGUGACAGCUCGAGCGAAGGCACAGGCUAUCCAACGAUGAAGAAACGUCUUGAAAUCAACGCUACGCCGCCUACAAGCAACAGCAACAUCGCUACAUAUAUAACAGACCCACAAGUCGUGAAUACGCACUCAGGAACUCGACAUUUAUCGCGUAGUCCGAUGCCAAAUUUUAUUACCACAAAUAAUCAAAAGGCGGAAGGAAGGAGUGCUACAGAAGCUAUGCCCAUGGGGUUCAAUUUAGAACGUGAUUUGGGGGAUUUCUUAAAUUGGGAGGUUAGCCAUGUACAGCAGCCACGUUGGGGAGAUUAUGAGGAAUAA